GUGUUGUCACCUUUCACCUGUAAAAACCGGUGAAAAUCAUAAUUAAAUUGUAGUUUUAGUAAAUUAAAAUUGAUACAUUUGAUGUAAUAAAAUAGCCAAUUCAAAUUAGAAAAGGCGGGAACGGAAUUAUUGUAUCCAUCACCAUCGCCCGAAAUUGGAGUUUUGAACAUGGAUAAGAAAAAACAAUUCAAAGGUCCGCCUCUAAAAAGGUUCAAAUCUAACGAUGACGACGACGAAAACGAAAUGUCUUGUACUUUUGAAGAUCAACUCGCAGGAAUGGAAAGUGAAUUCGAUUCGCCCCAAAUAUUCGGAGAUGGACCCGAAAACCAGACCACAAACAUAAAGUGGUCAAGACCAUCUCCUCCUGAUUUCGAUCCCAAAAAGGAUGCUUUAAUUUUUCAACAACUGGAUAUAGAUCACUACAAUGGACAACCAAUUCAAGGAAUGCCUGGAUCCCAGUUAGGUCCCAUCCCAAUAAUGAGAAUGUAUGGAGUUACUAUGGAAGGUAAUUCAGUUUGCUGUCAUGUUCAUGGCUUUACACCCUAUUUCUAUGUUUCUGUUCCUGCCAAUUUUAAUGAGUCCACAUGUCGUGAACUGAAAACCAAUUUAAACAAAGCUAUUUUGGAGGAUCUACGGUCUAAUAAGGAUAAUAUUAAAGAAACUGUUUUAGAAGUGCGUUUGGUAAAGGCUAAGUCAAUUAUGUAUUACAAAGGAGACAAUAUAAGCACAUUCGCCAGAGUGUCGGUUGCUUUGCCUAAAUUAAUAGCACCUGCAAAGAGACUCAUUGAAAAACAGCCUACUUCAUUUAGUUUAUCAGAUCCCUCCUUUUACGAGACUAACAUUGACUUUGACAUUCGAUUCAUGGUUGAUACAAGUGUUGUUGGCUGCAGUUGGAUAGAAUUACCUGUUGGGAAAUGGAUAAAGAGAUCUAAAAACAAUAAAUUAAAACCCGAAUCUAGAUGCCAAAUUGAAGUAGAUAUUGCAUGGAAUGCAUUCAUUGCUCAUCAACCUGAAGGAGAAUGGCUGAAAGUUGCACCUUUUAGAAUAUUGAGUUUUGAUAUUGAAUGUGCUGGAAGAAAAGGUGUUUUUCCAGAACCAGAUAAAGAUCCUGUUAUCCAAAUAGCCACAAUGGUCAUCAGACAAGGUGAUAGUGAACCUUAUCUAAGAAAUGUAUUUACAUUGAAUACAUGCGCUCCAAUAGUAGGAUCUCAGGUGCUCAGCUUUCAAUCUGAAUCAGAAAUGUUAAGCAAAUGGUCAGACUUCUUCCGUGAGGUGGAUCCUGAUGUAAUCACAGGCUAUAAUAUAAGUAACUUUGACUGGCCUUAUCUCAUAAACCGUGCGAAGCAUUUAAAAGUAGAAAAUUUUUAUUUCUUGGGUAGAAUCAGGAAUAUCAGAUCUGUCAUUAAAGAUUCAAUUUUGCAAUCUAAACAAAUGGGUAGAAGAGAAAAUAAAAGUGUAAACUUUGAAGGUAGAGUUCCGUUUGACCUGUUGCUUGUUUUAGUCAGAGACUAUAAAUUGAGAUCAUAUACUUUAAAUGCUGUCAGUUUCCAUUUUCUUCAUGAACAAAAAGAAGAUGUUCAUCACAGCAUAAUAACUGAUUUACAAAAUGAAAGUGAACAAACACGAAGGAGAUUAGCAAUGUACUGCCUAAAAGAUGCUUAUUUGCCUCUUAAGCUGUUGAAUAAACUGAUGUGUAUUAUUAACUACAUGGAGAUGGCUAGAGUGACAGGAGUUCCUCUUUUGUGCUUGUUAACAAGAGGCCAGCAGAUCAAAGUAGUGAGUCAACUUUUACGUAAAGCAAAGGAAGCUGGCUACUUAAUGCCUGUUCACCAAGGCCAAGGUUCGGAUGAUCAAUUUGAAGGAGCCACAGUUAUUGAACCUAAGAAAGGCUACUAUUCUGAUCCUAUAUCUACACUGGAUUUUGCAUCUUUAUAUCCAAGUAUAAUGAUGGCACAUAAUUUGUGCUACACCACAUUAGUUCCACCUUAUUUACAAAAAGAAAUCAAUGUGAGCUCUGAUGAUAUAACAGUAACACCUUCUAAUAAUAUGUUUGUUAAAGCUAAUGUCAGAAAAGGAUUGCUACCAGAAAUUUUAGAAUCUCUACUUGCAGCAAGGAAAAAAGCAAAAGCAGACUUGAAAGAAGAAAAAGAUCCCUUGAAACGAUCUGUACUUGAUGGAAGGCAGUUGGCUUUAAAAAUAAGUGCCAAUUCAGUUUAUGGAUUCACUGGUGCCCAAGUAGGAAAACUACCAUGUUUAGAAAUAUCAGGAAGUGUCACUGCAUAUGGACGAACCAUGAUAGAAUUCACUAAAUCAGAAGUAGAAAAGAAAUAUACAAAGUCAAAUGGCUACAAAGAAGAUGCCAUUGUUAUUUAUGGAGAUACAGACUCUGUAAUGGUUAAAUUUGGAGUUAAAACUCUAGAGGAAAGUAUGGAACUAGGAAGGGAAGCAGCUGAUUUUGUCACUGCCAAGUUUGUGAAACCUAUCAAACUUGAAUUUGAAAAAGUGUAUUAUCCAUAUUUGUUAAUUAAUAAGAAAAGAUAUGCAGGAUUGUACUUCACAAGACCAGAUAAAUAUGACAAAAUGGACUGUAAGGGCAUUGAAACUGUGCGAAGGGAUAAUUCACCUCUUGUCUCAAACAUGAUGAGUACAUGUCUACAGAAGUUAUUGAUUGAUAGGGAUCCAGAUGGUGCUGUAAAUUAUGCCAAACAAAUUAUAUCUGACCUACUGUGUAACCGGAUUGAUAUAUCCCAAUUAGUAAUUACGAAAGAACUUACUAAAAAUGAUUAUGCUGCUAAGCAAGCCCAUGUCGAACUAGCUGCUAAAAUGAGAAAACGUGAUGCAGGUACUGCUCCUAAAUUAGGUGACAGAGUACCCUAUAUAAUAUGCUGUGCCGCAAAAAAUACACCUGCUUACAUGAAAGCGGAAGAUCCUAUCUAUGUUUUGGAAAAUAGUAUACCUAUUGACUUCAAUUAUUAUUUAGAAAAUCAGUUGUCUAAACCACUCCUUAGGAUUUUCGAACCAAUUCUUGGGGAUAAAGCUGAAUCUCUACUUCUAAAGGGUGAUCACACAAGAACAAAAGCUAUGGUAACAUCAAAAGUUGGUGCUUUAGCUGCCUUCACAAAAAAGAAAGAGAAAUGCAUCGGAUGCAAAACAGUUAUGCCAAAUGAUACUAAAAAAGCAUUAUGUAAUCAUUGCUUAGACAAAGAAGGGCAGUUAUACAUCACAGAGGUAUUUAAAUUGAGACAGCUUCAAGAAAAGUUUUCGAAACUUUGGACAGAGUGUCAGAGAUGUCAAGGAAGUUUACAUGAAGAAGUGUUGUGCACCAACAGGGAUUGUACUAUUUUUUACAUGAGAAAAAAGGUGGGAAUUGAACUAGAUUCUCAAGAAAAAACUGUAUUAAGAUUUGGUGAACCAAUUUGGUAAAACGCCUCAAGUGCUGUUUUAUGUUUUUAAUAAAUAAGAAUACACAAAU